AACUGACAUUCACAACUGAUGCUCCGAUUGGAAAUUAUGGGGGAGAAGACAAUAUAGAAACCUUAACCUGGUUACCAGAUAAUUCAACAAUAAUGAAGCUAAUGAAAUGUAAUAAAACGCUGCCAGAAAAUGGCAGUUCACUAGUUCUACUUAUAAUAACUUUCAUCAUUCUUCUGUUAUGGGAAUGCAACUGUAUAUACAGACUGAGGAAGGAAUACUUGAACGUCGACAAUAUGAUGCGCCUCAGCAGUCUGUUACUCACUGCUGUUGUCAUAGUGCCGGGAGGGACCUGUGAGCUUCACUAUCACAUACGCAAUACUGAACAAUGGGAAUGUGGGAUCAUCGCCUUGCUAGUGGGAUGGAUACACUUCAUCAGCAAUCUCAAUCAGUUACCUGUACUCUCUAUUUCAAUGCCUAUUACUGAAACCUUCCUCAAGCGUUUUUUGCUAGUGGCAUCUUAUAUUACCUUACUUAUAUUUGUCUUUGCCUUUACUUUCCAUAUCCAACUAAGAGAUCAAGACGCAUUCGGUACUGUGUCACAAGCCAUGGUGAAGGCUACGGUUUGGAUGUUUAGUGAUCUAGCUUAUGAUGACACUUUUCUUAAUGAAAAAGACCCUCUUGUCUACCCAGUUUUCACGAACCUUCUCUUUUUGUUGUUUGUUACUACUAUCAGUGUUUUUAUUGCUAAUUUGUUCAUCACUCGGUCCACUGAGAAACUUGAGAGUUUCAGAGACAAAGCUAUCCUUCACCAAGCAGCAUCCCGGUGUGAACUGUUUCUGAAACUUGACGUUUGCUUUCCUUUCUUUAUUGAAUAUAGAACAAGAGGACAAUAUAAAGAAAAUCCAAUUGAAAAAGGUAUACACAGUAUUAUUACAAAGAAACUUUUGAUGCUAGAUACUGAACAGGGGACAAAACCCGUCAACUCCUUGGAAUUACAGCUGCAAGAGCAAAAUAAGCAAAUCACUACACUCUUAACUCAUCAUCAGGAAGAAAUAAAGGAGCUUAGACAACAAAUAGUGGAUCUCAAACACCAAACUACAGACCUUGUAAAUUUACUGUCAAGAUUAAAUCAAUCAUAAUUCAGUUAUACUUGGGAGUAAGCGCAAAAUACACUUCAUAAGCCUCAGUCACUUACUGCUUCAAGAAAAAUACUUAGUAACAAAAAAAAGUGUGAACAUUAAUGUGGAAAAUAUUUCCAGGCUGAAAUGUAUAUAGUGAAUAUA